AUGCCAAUCAUGCGUCUCGUUCUGCUUUGUGUCCUACUCUUCUGGGGCGUCUGCACCGUCCGUGCUCAGGCUGAGCAAGAAGGUUCAGUGGGUUGGGCACCGCCAGGCCUCUUUCGCCCUCGCCAGAAGAACAGCAACCCCCCUUGGAGCCCCCCUUGGAGCCCCCCUUUGAGUGCUCCACGGUGCCCCCAACAUGCUGUACAAGAGAUCUCCGCCCCCAAAGCCAAUGUCUGGCAGGACCUAGCACCCGAGGAAAUCGCUUCCGUGGUGGAAUGGCUACAUCAGCAGCCCGAGUUGAACCUAACUGGGAAGGGUGCUGGACCCUGGGAUAACUCCAUUGAUCUAGUCGAGCUUUUGCGCCCGAACAAGAGCGACGUCGUGCCUUAUCUCGACAACAACGGCACCACACCCCUACGGUUUGCCCGUGUCACCUUGAACAACCGUGCCACUGUCGAUGCACACUACGCCGAAAUUCAAGUCGGUCCGCUGCCGGUCAAGCAGAAUGUAACGCAAUGGGCGCCAAUGGGGCUUGGCUGGACACGUAAGUCGAAUGGAAAGGUUCGCAACCUGUACGCCGACGUUGGAACCCUGGGAGACUGGAUGUACAAUAUUAGCGCUAGCAUUGUGGAUAUCACGCUGGAUCUAUGGAAUGGCACCGCGUUGGGCCUGGAAAAUGAUACCCUGGAAAUCGCCGGGUUUGACCCCAUGUGGCAGGACGAUGACCGUGUCGUGCGCUGGGAUACUUUCUGGAAUCACCCGACGGACGAAUUCGAUGCGAGGACUCUUCUGCCGCUGGGGCUUUCCUUCAAGUCCGACGUGACCGGUCGCGAUCCUUCACAGUGGGAAUUAGAGGGCUGGUUAUACAACGACAUCUUCUACAACACAACCGAGUCUUUUCGUGCGGCCUAUUAUUCUCCUGGCUUCGAAAAGCUGGGCGCCAACGUUGAGGGCGACUGGGCUCGCACCGGCCAGCACGGCGAGACACUUCCACAGGACGAGAAAGAGCCCCCCGUGUCGGUGGCUCCGGGAGGCAAUCGCUUCUCGGUGGAUAUAGAGAAACAGUAUGUUACGUGGAUGGACUUCGCCUUCUACAUCGGUUUCUCGCGCCACACCGGGGUUUCUCUAUUCGACAUCCAAUACCAAGGUCAGCGUAUUUUAUAUGAGCUGGGCCUACAGGAAGCAUUGGCCCAUUACGCAGGCGAGGAUCCGGUACAGUCGGGCAUGGCAUUCCUGGACUCCUUCUUCGGAUUUGGACCGGACACGUUCACACUGAUCAAGGGUUUCGACUGUCCCUCCUACGCCACUUAUCUCAACUCUUCGUUCUACGUGAACGAGACGACGCAUGCUCAUAUUGAUAGCUUGUGUCUGUUCGAAUAUAACGCUGACCACCCACUCCAGCGCCAUACCGACACCGGAUACGCGGGUGCCACCCGCAACGUCUACUUCACGCUGCGGUCGGUGGCGACGGUCGGCAAUUAUGAUUACACCUUUAGCUAUACAUUUCAUCUGGACGGCUCCAUCGGCAUCGACGUGCACUUUUCCGGUUAUAUCAUAGGGGCGUUCUACGCACACAACGAUGACUACGGCUAUCAAAUUCACGACGCACUGUCCGGGUCGAUGCAUGACCAUGUCUUUAACUUCAAAGCCGACUUCGACGUGGUCGAUUCCGCUAAUUCGGUGCAGCUGACGUCGGUUGUGCCUGUUUCCAAAUCCUAUGUCUGGUCCAAGCGGCCGCGCAACACCAUGAUGCUGCAGCGGUCCCUGAUUACCCGUGAGGAUGAGGGCCGAUUGAAUUGGCAGCCCAAUGGCGCCAAGCAACUUCACAUCGUCAACCAAGACGCGCCCAACCGUUAUGGGGAAUUCCGUGGCUACCAGAUUCUGCCCGGACAUACGGCGCAUCUCACGGUGCUAAACUCGAGCAACCUGGCGAACGCGGCACACUGGGCCGAGUACGAUGUCCAAAUCACCCGGCAACAUGACUGGGAGCCGCGUUCGGCUCAUCCACUCAACAACCAGGACGUUCAUGAUCCGCCCAUCAACUUCGAAGACUUCUUUGACAACGAGAAUCUCAAUCAGACUGAUUUGGUCGUGUGGGUGAAUCUGGGGAUGCACCAUAUCCCGAACACGGCGGACUUGCCCAAUACUGUGGUAUCCUCACACUCCAGCGUACGCUUUGUGCCGGUCAACUACUUCCCGCUGAAUCCCAGUCAACGCACAGUUCAAGCGGUGCACAUCCACUACGACAAUAAGUCAGCGAUGGUGGAGGACUUUGGACAAACGGGAGAGAGUUGCGUAGUGCCAAGCAUCGACGAACAGCUGGAGCCGUUGUAUGAAUAUCAAGGGCAUGUAGAUGUCUGA